CAAGGGAGAGAGAUUGGUUUGAUAAUGAUCUUGCUUGAUUUAUUCCCUGCUGCCAUGCGGCUUAUAAAUAGCCCUAUGGCUAACAAACUUCUCCUACAAACUCUCAACUAACUCCUACUUUCUUGGACUUAUCUGAUGCUAACCAACUCUCCACAAUUCUCUCAUCUCAAUCUUAUUAUCUAGCCUUAUCCCAGCUCAUCUCAAUCUUAUUCUCUAGCCUUAUCCCAGCCUGGCUGUUGCCUCUCGCUCCCUACGAUACCCAUGACACAUCCAUAAGCCAAUGUUAUACAAUCUCUAUGUUUUUGUUUCUUGGGGACUACAAUGUUUUCCAUUUAUAUGAUUACCUUUCAUGUAAUUUUUGGAAUAACUUGCCACUUCUUGUGACCAUGAUUUGUUCGUUUUGUAGUUGUUGCUUGGAUACAUUUGUUUUCAAUAGUGAAUUUUGUUUCCUUGCUUGUAGUUGGAGCAAAUCUAAGUCGUUAAAUUGAGAAUAGUCCAAGGAAACCUAAUUCAUCCUAUUUUGGCCCAAGACGACGCUUUCCAACUAGAAUGAAGGUGGCAAAUGGGUUGUCUUUGAGGAAAUCUAAUGGUAGGUUUAAAUCAAAGCUUAUGAUGGAACUUGUUAAACAAUGGCGAGAACAUCAAGCAAUUAUGAGGUGCAUGAAUCUAUCCAAGCGUAAUAACAACAUCUAUGUUGGGGCAGAAGGAGCCAACAUAACUUCUCCCAACGAUAGCAACAUUUGGCCAACGAGUGCUUUAGUAGCAAAGAAUAGCAACUCAAGAUAUGUGCUAGCCUCAAAGUGUGCAAGCCAGCCUCCUACAAUGUGGCUAGAGAAUAGCUUGAAUACUUCAUCGGGUUUCAAGUGCUCUAAGCCCUCUAUCGUUAGGAAUGCACUUCCUUCGAAAACACCUAAGGCGUCUGUCUCUUGGAAGUCAAAGGAUGAUUCGAAUGCCAUACCAAGACACCUAGAGCAAUCUCACCGUAAAAAGACAUCUAGAGCAACUCGAACUCACUUCAAGGCGAUGCCAAAUUUGAUUCACAAGGCAAAGAAUGUUGAUACCUCAAAUCUAAACGAUGGUGCCUCGGGUUCAAGUUGGAGGGGUCAGUCGGAUUCAUAUAAGGGAGAGGACAUAAAUAUCGGGAAGGAAUGCACUAAAACUUCAGAGUUGUUGAAAAGUAGAGAAGCCUCAAGAAAAUCAAACAUCCUAGUGGUAGAUCGGAAGGAUCCUAACAAAGAUGAGCCAGACAAAGUGAAAGGAAUCCAAGAUGAAGUUGUGACCAAAGAAGAGGGAUUGAAAGGCCAUACCUGUGAAGGUUGUGCGACGUGUUGGAGUUGUCUUAAGCAGGCGAACACCACAAAGGCAAAUGAUGCUCCAAAUUUAGGUUCAUUGUUGGUUGGUAACAAACACACGCAAGGCCUCAUGAGUAAUUUGAGAGAUAAUUCAUCCCAUUUGUUUGAAAAGAAUCAUUCAAGACACCAAAGGGAUGAUCCAUGUGAGUAUAGAGAAACAAACUUGAAGUUUCCUAAUAGGAUCCAAUCAGUUGGAGGCAAUGGGAAAACCAAUGAUGUCACAUCUAGGAGAAAACGACUCUUGUUAGAAGAAAAGGCUAGCGCACACGUGCAAAAUGAUCUUACUUAUGGACCGAUGAAGAGGCGGAGGUACAUAGAAGCCAACGAAGAUGAAGAAGAGCAAAAUGAUCUUACUUAUGGACCGAUGAAGAGGCGGAGGUACAUAGAAGCCAACGAAGAUGAAGAAGAUUAUGUCGGCGACCACCAUCCGGUGCAUAUUGAAGAUGCUACCACUGAAUUGACACCGCAGGAUUCUAUUUCAAAGCAUUGCGUUGAGCGACAAUGCUAUUGUUGCUCAAAGCCUAUUGACAUACCUAGAUGGAGUGGAACCUUUAAGAUAGAUGGAAAGGAACACAUAUCACUGGCUGGACAUUUGUCAUCCAAAUCUUGUGAGAAAGUGUGGAAAUUGUCAUCAUUGCCGAAGGUGGUUCAAGUGACAAAGGUUCCUAGAAUGGCAGUGUGGCCUAAGAUAUUUAAAGCAUCAGAACCCAGUGGUGACAAUAUUGGCCUAUAUUUCUUCCCUCCUGAAAUGAGGCAUGAUGAAGAACUAGAUCAACUAGUUAAUGAAGUCAUGGAUAAAGAUUUGAUCUUGCGAGCUAUUAUUGGUGAAGCUGAGAUGCUGAUAUUCCCGUCUGUUCUACUACCUGAAAGAUAUCAGACAUUCCAAACCAAACACUACCUAUGGGCGGCCUUCAAAGCAAAGGAGGAUAAAGGUGAUGCAAUUGUAGAGCAGGAGGUUGAGAAGGGAAAUUGCGUUUCAAACCAGCCAGACAAGGUACAGUCUGAUAAUGCUUCAUUUCCUUCAAACCAUGGACUGGACCGUCCAAGCAUGGAAGCUCCCCCUCAAAGCAGUAGCAGUGUCUUUGGUAUUGUUGUCCGACAAGCUCCAAAUCUUGAACCAGAAGUGAAGCGAUUUAUCCAGGAGAUGGAACGCAAAGGUGCGUUGGUAACGGUUAUGAGGGGGGAGGCAAUUGGUGGAGGGCCAUAGCCAAGCAACACCACGACCACUAUGCAUUAGUUGUAGAGAGAGUAGAGAGUAAACCAUGUCAAACUAUGCUGUAGUUGUAUAGAGUCUGACACAUAACGUCGUGGACUUGAGCUCUUGUUCAGUUUUUUUUGUAAGGUACCUACAGGUUUGGUCAUAUGAUAAUUUCUCCGGAACGGCAUACCUUAGCACCUGUUUUCUAAAUGCUUGUCAUUUCCCCAGUUGCAAUUGUGUCUACGUGCCAUCUGGAUUCUGGUUGUUUUUCCUAGACUCUUAGAGCUAAUUUGGGAACCAUAUUUUUCCAGGGGAUUUCCA